GAAAGAUUUUUACUACGUAAGAGCGAGGGUCGAAACGAACAUAUAAGGGUCGGUGUCCGUUGCCUACAUCUAAAACUCGGAAAAAUAACGGUAUUUGAAACUCGAAGCGGAAUGGCAACGGCUACUUUGGCAAGGCAAAUAGGCAGAGCUAUUACAAACAGCACAAGCGCGGGAAACGGAUGGUUCAACCCUCACAUGGCUGCUGCUUCCCGCGCCAUUGCCGAACGGAUCCCAUUGGUCGAUCUCGUUCUCGAAGUCAGAGACUCAAGGAUUCCAUUUUCGUCAGAGUUUGACCUACUAAGGAACUAUACACCACUCUCAAAGAGAAUAAUACUGUUCAACAAGAUGGACCUUGCAAACCGUUCUCAACUGAAGGACUGGAUGAAGUACCUUAAACAAAAUAAUCGUGUUUCAUAUGGAGUCAAUGCCCAUAAUAACGAGAGCAUUCAGCAGUUGUUGAACUUUUUGCAAGCUCAAGUAAGAAAAUUGAAGAAAGCUGAUCACUGUAAUACCACAACAAUAUUGCUAGUUGGAAUUCCUAAUGUUGGAAAGUCAGCCCUUGCCAACUCUUUGCAUCGGAUUGGGAGGAUUAGCGCAGCAGAGAAGGGAAAGUUGAAGUGUGCUACAGUGAGUUCACAUCCUGGUGAGACAAAAAAUAUAAGCAGCUUGAAGAUUGCAAGCCACCCCAAUAUUUACGUGUUGGACACCCCAGGCGUUUUGCCUCCACAUAUUUCGGAUGAUGAUGUAUGCACCAAGCUAGCCUUGACAGGAACGAUUCGAGAUUCUUUUGCUGGGGAAAAAGAACUGGCUCAGUAUUUUCUGGCUAUCUUGAACAGGAGUGACGAAUACAAGAAAUGGGCAAAGUUCUCCAACAGCGAGAAUGAGGGAUCACUUGCAAAUAAGUAUAUAGAAUCCUCAACUAGCUCUGAAAUCGGCAUGAAACGGAAAAAUGAAUACCCCACAGAUCACACGCAGGAUUUCAUAGUGCAUGAGGUUCGUAAGACACUCUUUGAGAUGAUAUCAUCUUUCGACGGUGAUGUGGAAGACGAAAGGCUUAUUAAGGAAGAAAUCAAGGCUAUGGGAGGAGCUUUUCACGUUCCUUUGGAAUCCGAAGAAGAUGCUGAAAAUAAAGUCGCAGCUAAGUUGCUGAAUCUUUUUCGUACCGGGAGGCUCGGACAUUAUAUUUUAGACUGUAUCCCAAGAAAACUCCAGUCCUGUGCAAUUUCUGUGUAAAUAUUUAUUUUCAUGCUAAAAUAGGAUGGUACGUACUAAUCAUUACGAUGAAGUAAUUGACAAGUUUAUCAAAGAUUUGUUUUUUUAAUUUCAAUUGAGAAUGAUUAGACGA